CCUCCCUCACCAACCGACUCUGAUUACCAGACACGUAUACCGUCUUCGUUGUACAACAUGGUGGCGCGUCGGAGCCUUCGAUGAACUGGGAACUGGCGAUACGCACCUGCAUGACGUCCGAGUUCGGGCGCAGGGAAGCAUUCGGCAACGUCUACCGCCUUGAUGGUAGCACGGGCGAGUACUGCUACGAGAAAAAGGAAGGCGUCCGCUACGAACUGUCUGCAACCUUUUCCGAAAGCACGGAGGUCUCCAAGUUCAGCUCCGAGAUCCUCGGACGCGUGGAGGAAAUCAUACAGGGUGUCGACAUCAGGAAUGACGAUCCAGACUACGACACCAGGACGUGGGUGUUCGACGUCGUCCACGCUUUACGAGCAGAGGGAAUGUAGUUGCCGGUCUCGAAAAUGCUUCACUCUAGUCGUAUGGAUUUCAUGUAGUGCGUUGUAAUACCGAUUCCCGA